CGGGUGAUCGCCGCCUCGAGCCGCAGCAGCGCCGCGACGAGGUCUGUGCUAGACGGCGCCCCACUCGCAUCACCCAUUGUGUCUCACACCCUCGUUUUCCGCUUGCUUGUUUGUGUGUUGAGGGUGGGGAAGCGGGAGCUGUCUUGUCUCCUUCCUUCGGUUGCUUCAGUGAUCUGUCGAAUUUUUGGCUUGCACUUUGCCUCCGCGACUCAACCGGGGGACACAGAAGAAAAAACAGGAUGUACCCCACACUGGUGCAGCUGCGUCCGUGCUCCACUUCAGUCUGCCUCUCCGCCGCGCCCUCGCCCCCACAACGGAGAGGCGAGGAGAUAGGAAGGGGUAGGGGUGAAGAUGCGUUUGUGUAUCUGUGUGUUGGUGUUUAA